GGAUAAGAAAGAGAAGACGACCCACCCAGAUAACAAUAAAACCGUCUUUUUAACACUCUCACAAAGAAAACAAAGAAAGAGAGGGAACGAAUCAAUUUCACAUUCACAUUCACAUCAAAACAAAAACCCAAACCCACUCCAUUUUUUCACCACUUCCAAACUUUCUCUCUCAUCAACCCUUCUUUCACUUUCACUCUCACUCCUCUUCUGCAUUCGAUCGCGUCACAUGCAACACCUCUCACAGUUGAGUUCCUAAUUUUCAUUUUUCACUCCCUAAUUCUCGAUUACACAAUUUUCGAAUCGUCUUUCUUUUUCGAACUUCCUUCUUUCCGACGUUUUAGGUUUUUCAAUUACCGCAUGAAACUGUGCAGUAGUUGUAAUAAUGGAGAAUCCUUCUGAGGUUCUUGGCUCAAAAGGGUUAAUUAAAAAGCAAGAAUUCGUUAGAAUUAUACUUCAGUGUUUAUAUUCACUAGGUUACACAAAGUCUGCGUCUUGUUUGGAAUUGGAAUCUGGGGUUUCGUUCAAGUCUAAGGAGUUUCAGUUGCUUGAAUCUCAUGUUCUCAAUGGAAAUUGGGAUGAUUGUGUUAAUUUUCUUAAUUCUAUAAGGGAUAUUUUAGGUGAAUCAGUAGAACCUGCUUUGUUUCUUGUAUUUAGACAGUGUGUUAUGGAGUAUUUGAAACGUGGUGAAGAUACUCUUGCUUUGGAUGUUUUGAGGAAAAGGGUUUCGGCAUUGCGUGUAGACCGUUACAAGGUUCAUAGUUUGGCUAAUACUAUGCUUACUUUGAAUGAUAUGGAGUUAGGUUUGGUGGAUGGUGAUGGUUUUCAUGAUUUAAGAGGGAAGUUGUUGACUGAUUUGGAAAAAUUGUUGCCUCCACCGAUUUCAAUACCUGAUGGAAGGUUGGAGCAUUUGGUUGAAACUACUGUUACGGCUUGGGUUGAUUCAUGCUUGUAUCACAGUUCAUCGAAUCCUAUUUCACUAUAUGAGGAUCAUCGUUGCAGUAGAGAUCAGAUUCCUACUACAACUACUCAGAUAUUGACCGGACAUAAAAAUGAAGUUUGGUUUGUUCAGUUUUCUAAUAAUGGAGAAUAUCUAGCUUCUUCUUCCAAUGAUUGUACAGCUAUCAUAUGGAAGGUGCAAGAAGAUGGGACAUUGACAUUGAAACAUACACUCUGCGGUCACCAACGUGCUGUAUCUUUUGUGGCAUGGAGUCCCGAUGACACCAAAUUGCUGACUUGUGGGAACAUUGAAGUUUUGAAGCUGUGGGAUGUUGAAACAGGUAUAUGCAAGCAUACAUUUGGGAAUCAAGGCUUUGUUGUCAGCUCAUGUGCCUGGUUUCCCAACUCAACGCAAUUUGUGUGUGGCAGUUUUGACCCUGAAAAGGGCAUCUGCAUGUGGGAUUGUGACGGAAACGAGAUACGAGCAUGGAGAGGAAUGAGGAUGCCCAAAGUUGUAGACCUUGCUGUUACCCCAAACGGCGAGUAUCUUAUCAGCAUAUUCUUGGAUAAAGAAAUUCGGAUUUUACAUUUGGGAACCAAUGCGGAACGCGUCAUUUCAGAGGAGCACCCUAUCACAUCUAUUUCAGUUUCUGGAGAUGGUAAGUUCUUCAUUGUCAAUCUGAACAGCCAGGAGAUCCAUAUGUGGGACGUGGCCGGUACAUGGAAGAAGCCAUUGAAGUAUAUGGGUCACAAGCAAUGCAAGUAUGUUAUCAGGUCGUGUUUUGGUGGGUUGGAUAGCACAUUUAUUGCCAGUGGUAGUGAAAAUUCAGAGGUCUACAUUUGGAAUUCUCGGAGUUCGAAGCCAAUAGAGGUUUUAUCUGGGCACUCGCUGACUGUAAAUUGUGUGAGUUGGAACCCAAAAAGGCCACACAUGUUAGCUUCUGCAAGUGAUGAUCAUACGAUUCGUAUCUGGGGACCCAGCUUAUAGAAAAGAAAGCAGCGGAAUAGAUCAGUUGAACACAGUGCAUAUUAGGUUAUGAAGCCUAGUUUACUGUAUAUUAACCUUACAUUAUUUUGGCCCACCUCAAAUUGUUCAGUAUGAGUUUGUAAAGUCCUGAUUUGUUCAUGCAGGAAUUUUGGCGUACAUUUUUGUCUGUAAAUCCUCUUCCCUUUACUGGUUAUCCCCCCUUUAAUUGGUGCAGAAACUAAAAACCGAUGGGUUAAAGUUAGGGUUUAUACUUGUUCAAAUUUUACAAUUAUAUUUAUGACGAAUUCUUGCUCAAGGUUUCUCCAAAA